GGCAGCAUUUUGACUUGCUGUUACAUCACUGUUGUUUUUCUGAGAGAGCCUUUUCAUCUCUGUGAUAUAAUCAGCCCACAAGAGACAGCAGAAUCUGACAGCUGGCUGGUCUGACCCACCAUGGCUAACACAGAGGACCAAGGAAUGGAGAUACACACAAAUCCCAUAGAAAAGCUCAGAGCACAGUGCUUGGCAGCUGGCAUUAAGGGGCUGGCCCGAGGUUUCCACAUCAUGGAUGGUGAUAAAGCUGGCAUCACGCUGGGGAGCAGAGAGGCACAGCAAAUCUUCAGCCUCUGUGACAAGAAUGGCAGCGGCUCGAUGGACUUUGAGGAGUUCCUGGAAGCCCUGCAGCCACCCAUGUCGGCCGCCAGGAAGUGGAUCAUAGCUGAUGCAUUUCACAAACUGGACAAGACUGGAGCUGGCCUGGUGAGCGUGGAGGAUCUUCAUGGGGUGUACGGUGGCAGGACUCACCCCAAGUGUCAGAGUGGGGAAUGGACAGAGGAGCAGGUGUUCCGAGCAUUCCUGGACAGCUUUGACUCACCCAAUGACACGGAUGGAAAGGGAGGGGGGAGGGCAGAAGAGCUCACGAACUACUACAGUGGGGUCAGCACACCCAUUGACAGCGACGACUACUUUGUGGCUAUGAUGAAGAGAGCCUGGAAGAUGUAG